UCAGCCGUCAAAGCUGAUCUGCAGCCCACACCGGCAGAGUUGACCUUCGGUCGUACAUUGCGUCUCCCAGGAGAAAUGGUAGCACCGACCCCACCAACUGCCUUCAACUACGGUACCUAUGCUGCUCGUUUAGUAAAUCGUAUGCGACAGUUACGUAUUUAA